AUGUCUUUACGUUUAACUGCUGCUCGUGCUUCCAAAUUGUCCACUGUCUUAAGAACUAUUAAUUUAAACAGUUCUCGUAUCGCCGUUGCAACUAAACAUGCUAUUCCAUGUAUUACUACUGCUUCCAUCAGUGCCAGACCUUUUUCCUCUUUAAAUCAUGCUGUUUUGAAUGCACAAACCGAAAAAGUAUCCCAAGUUUUAAGUAGUGAAAUUGACUUGGAAUUAAGUGAAAAUGUUGAUUCAAACCUUCCAGAAGAAUUGUCCACAUUUUUAACCAAGUCAGGUUUCUCUAUUGUUCCAACACCAGGCAAAUCUUUAAGCGAAAUUGUUAAAGAAUCAGCUGAUGAGACAGUACAUGCCUUCUUUGAUGUUGCUCAAAUUGCCAACUUGCCAUACGAAAAUGCUGGUUUAGAUCCACAUUCCGGUGAAAAUCAACAACAGGAAACAAGUGAUCUAGACAAUGCCGAAAACGAUUCAUUUAAUGAAAAUUUUGCCAAUGUCAACGUGGUUGUCGUUAAAAAGAGUGACGAUACUGCUGUUUCUUUUGAGUUAUUGAUGAAUUUACAUGAAGGUUCGUUUUACGUCGAUAGUGUCACUCCAUACAAGAGUGCUAAGGCUGCUUUAGAUGAAAGUGCCCAAGCAGAAGUUUCUAGAGAACUAGUUUAUCAUGGCCCUCCAUUUAGCAAUUUAGAUGAAGAAUUGCAAGAAUCUUUGGAAGUUUAUUUGGAAUCCAGAGGUGUCGAUGAAAAUUUAACUACUUUUAUUAGUGCCUACUCCGAAUAUAACGAAGAAAAAGAAUAUGUUAACUGGUUAAAGACUUUAAAAAAGUUUUUCAACUAA